AAGCUGGUUAACACUAAAUUGUCUAAAAUUCAAACUUUUUGUCAACGACUCCUCAAGUUUCGCUCUCUUAGCAAUCAAACUUGAUAUAGUAUUUCACAGACUAAUCACAGAAGGCGGAGCAACACUGGUGCGAAAUACUGAAUAUAUAUCCGUCUGUAAAAUGUCUUCUGGAAGCUCCUUGUAACUGAGAAGAACUUGUUGUUAGAGCUGAAUAAAUGAAAGCUUCAAUUUAAAGAGAUAGCGUCAACAUUUGCCAGAACUAAAACCGGCUUCGUCACAAAUGAAAAAAGAUGGAAGAACACCACACCAGGGCUUCGGAAUACGGUCUUUUCGUCGCUUCCAAUGACCAACAAAUUGAAGGCCAUCGAAGACAGCAAAAUAAUGACAAUAUAAAGGGUAUCCCCAGAAAAAUGGAGAGAAGACGAACGGAGACAAUGAAUUUAGCGUUUGCUAAUCUACGCGAGCACAUUCCUAACGUUCCAACGGAUACCAAACUUUCAAAGAUAAAGACAUUGCGAUUAGCUAUAAGUUACAUACGCUAUCUUAGGGAAGUGCUUGAUGGUGAAGAUCCAGGAGAGUAUGUUGUAGAUCUACAUCGGGACAGAAGUAUUGCAAUGGACAUAGCAAAUCAUUAUGAUCACAAGGAGAAACAAAAAAAGGAAGUGGAGUAUCGAUCUCUUCCAAAAAAGAAACGAGGUAGAACUGGUUGGCCGCAGAAAGUGUGGGCCCUCGAGUUGCAAAACGAAUGACAAUACACCAACUUUAAUCUGAAUGGAAUUGGUACAAAAUAUUUUAUUACACAUGUAAUUAGUCAUUCUGAAUAUUAUUUAAAUAGUUUAUGGGUUCCACUGCUUGUUGAAAUUAAUUUUCAACAAUUUUCUGGUAUAUUUUUUACAUUCGCGCUCGUUAAAAUGAACAUACCAAAGUCUGGACUUACUGACAUCCAUACCCCUAAAAGUAAUAAUUUUGAGUAAAAUGUUCGUAUUUAAAUAAAACACAAAGUAAAACUACCA